AUGUCCCAAUACCUCGACGAACAGACGCCCCACCUGCGGCACCUCCACGCCCAACUCGCCCUCCCCUCCUCCGACCUCGACGCCGACCUCGCAAGGAUAGAACAGGCCAUCAAGCAGGUUAUCACGGGUAUCAUCCGGGAGAGGGAGGCGCAGGUGGAUGUGUUGAAAGAUGAUAUAGAGGGGCGGAAGAGGGAUGUGGCGGGGCUGGGGAGGGCGGUGGGGGAGAGAGGGAGGAGGGGAGGGGAGGUUGGGAGGAGGGAGGGGGAGGAAGGGGAAGGGGAGACGUUGCCGAGGCAGUUGGAACGGCUUGACGAACAAGCAGAUCAACUCAAACGAAUAUACGACGAACGCCUGGCGCAUGUGCAAACGCAACACCAAACCCUCUCCCACCUCUCCACCCUGCUCGGCCCGCCAUUCCAACCUCCAGCGCCUUUACAGCCCAUAGCGUCGUCUUCGAAAUCCUAUCAACAUCAACAUCAACAUCAACAUACAGAGGGUGAAGCGGGGGUGGAGAGGGAGAGGAAGAAGCCGAGGGAGACUAUAGCGCAGGCUAUAGCGAAUGGACAUCAACACCAGACACAAGGGAAAGGGCAGGGGGGGGAGAAGGGGGUGUGGUAUGAUGUGGGCGAAGGGGUAUCGGACGAACUCGAUACCGCCGAAACCCGCCGAAAGAACCUCUGUCAAGCGUUCUUCAACCUCACAUGGCUGCACUCAGAGUUGGCUCUACCGCCGAUACCCACCUCCACCCCACACCUCUUCCCUUCCCACCUCCUCCCCCCCUAUGAAGAAGAAGAAUCCCCAGGCCUGUACGCCUCCUACGAAAAACUCCUCCACCGGUUGAUAUCCCAAAACCCCCUCCCGCCGGGGGAGAGCGAAGAUUGGCCCGAAGUCGACUCCCUCGAGGGGAUGGAAGAUAUAGAGCCGGAAAUUCCCCUGAUCGAGUGGGUGGAUGAAGUGACAGAGUUGUGGGCGGGGUUGAAAGAGGAGCAUGAGGGGAGGAUACAGGAGAUGUACAAUCUCGUGGAGCCUUUAUGGACGAAAUUGGAGGUGGAUCAGGAGACGAUGGAUUGUUUUGUGGAGAUGAAUAGGGGGAGUGGGGAUGCUACUAUUGCUGCUUACGAAGCCGAAUACUCACGCCUCCUCGACCUCCGCCGCGCCUCCCUCUCAUCCUUCAUCCUCUCCGCCCGAUCCACCAUCUCCACCCUCCACUCCACCCUCAUCUACUCCCCCCCCGAAAUCGCCCUCUUCCCCGCCCUCCUCGACGAAAACUACACCGAAGACCUCCUCGCCCUGCACGAGCAAGAAAUCCAACGCCUAGAAGAAGAAGUAGAAGGGAAGAGAGAGUUGUUGCCAAAGACGAGGGAAUGGUUUACGCUUGUGGGGGAGGAGGAGGAGUUGGAGAAAAAUGCGAUGGAUCCGGGGAGGUUUUCGAGGAGGGGGGGUGCUAUGUUGAGAGAGGAAAAGUUGAGGAAGAGGGUGAAUUUGCUGAAACCGAAAAUUGAACAAGAACUCUUGACGCUGUUGCCGAGGUGGGAAGAAGACAAUGGACGGCCGUUCAUGGUUGCUGGGGAGCGGGUGGUGGACAAGAUACAGAUGGCGUUGGAGGAGAAGGAGAUGGCGAAGGAGGCUAAGAAGCGCGCCAAACAAGGUCUAGGCCCCCUCCCAUCAACCUCUUCUCCCUCCUCUGCUUCUGCUUCUUCUUCGGCAAGACCACUGGUACCGUCAAGGACGGUACGCGCUACACCAGCACCAGCCGGCCGUUCGACAUCGACACGCGCUACAGCCACAGCCCAAUCGACGGCGAUGUCUGAGAGACAAGUAUUAGGGAAGAGGGGUGCGCCGGGGCCUACGCCGACGGGACAUGGGAUGGCCAAGCGGACGAGGGGAGAGGCGCCUUCUGCGGGGGUUGGUAUAGGCACGGGCACGGGGGCAGGAGCAGGAGCAGGGAGUAUGCGUCCACCCCAAAAAUCGGGGAGGUCUGUAUCAACAUCAACAUACCACCGCCCCACCGCCUUGCACAACCAUCACAACCAGAGUGCUGCCUCGCCGACACCGUUCCAUGGCCAUGGUACCGUCCGGUCCGUUUCUGGGCCGCAUCAUUCAUCGACGACGACGGCGACGGCUGGGGGGAUGGGGAUGAUGAUGACUGGCAAAAAGACUGGUUUAGGAUUGGGGGGAUUGGGAUUGGGGGAUGGGAGAAGGCCCGGUGCGGCGGCGGCUGGGAUGGGGGUGGCGGGGAGGAGGAAGAGUUUCAAGCCUAGGGCUAGUGUGGCGCCGCCUUCCUUGGGCGCUGGGGCCGGUGGGGGUGCUGGAGGUUUGGGAGGAUGGAGAGAAGAGGAUGGGAAUGGGGAUGGGGAUGGUGGGGAUGAUGAUGUGUUUUGA